CCUCCAUUCUAAAAAUAUCUCAAACAUGGCGUCCGGCGUGAAAGUAGGAAAAGAUGUUGAAAAGCAGUUCGAUGAGAUGAAACUGGGUCAUACAAGUAGUUUUAUAUUGAUGGGUAUAAAUAAUGGAGCCAUAGAGGUUAUGAAAAAUGCAAAGAAGGGCGAAGAAGGCACGUCGUACGAAGAAUUUGUUGCAGACCUUCCCCAAGAUGACUGUCGAUAUGCCGUCUACGACUUGGGAUAUACUCUGAAAGACGGGCGAGAACAAGAAAAACUGGUAUUUAUAGCGUGGUGUCCUGAUACUGCUCACGUCAAGAAGAAAAUGAUAUACGCCUCAAGUAAGGAUGCGCUGGUAAAGAAGCUUAAAGGAGUAUCACAGCAGUUAAUUCAGGCAUCCGACUAUAGCGAUUUGGAGUACAAGAGUGUUGUCGAAAAAGUCUCCAUGUCAAAGUAAAAUGAACACACUCGUACUCACAUGGAUAUAUCACAUUCACUCUGUGGGUGCUCAAGUUAUGGAACAAAAUAUUAAGAAAUAAGAACGUAUAUCUAAGUUCAUCAAUGUCAAUUAUUGAUUCAUUCUUUUACAACAACAAUAAAGCCAUUGCAAAUCGUACUUGUGGCGCCAUUAGAACUAUAAUCGCCAAUUAAGCAACAAGAUUGAGCUGAUCCGAGUGAAUGCCAGACAAUAAAUGAACUAUUAGUAAUAUAUAUAAAUCACCAACUACAGCCAGACCCCAUACAAUUGUCAACUGACAUUAAUAUAGGAAUUGAAUCAUCCAUUGUGCCAUUUUCAAACAGAAAUUCCUAGUCACAUAACUGCAAGAAUUUU